CUCAGUCUACUCACAUCGGAGAAAAAGAGAAAAAAUUCAAGAAAACGGGGCGCCCAUGGGGAAAGACGACAGCAAAUACCCGCCAAUCCUGUGAAGCUAGCAGUCGAUGAAAUGCAAAAAAAAAUCUAUACAUGUAUAAAUAAUAAAUGAUAUUAAAAAAGUAAAGGAAGACGUCUUGCCGGGUUGAAUGACGACAUUGAGUCGGCUGUUUGGUUCCGGGUAAUGCUAUGAAUGCCCUCGUAAAGCAGCCAUGUGGUUUUGACUUGGUUUUUGUCCUUACUGGAAAAUCCGUGUUUAUAGCUUAAUUGCUAACUAUGAGUUCUCAGAAAGGAAACAUUUGUCGGACGCGAGGACAGAGGUACCAGAACUCAACUGCCUUCAAAAACGAUAAGUACGGCACCAGUGUUCAAGUAAAGAAAGCAAAUGCAAAGGUCCACGAUGGUGUUUGCAAGCACUGCAAAGAGGUGCUGGAGUGGAAAGUGAAAUACAUGAAGUACAAACCCCUAACCCAGCCGCGCAAAUGUGUGAAGUGCUUGCAGAAGACGGUGAAGGACUCGUACCACAUCAUCUGCAAGACCUGCGCCCUCCAGCUGGAGCUCUGCGCCAAGUGCGGGAAGAAGGAGGACAUCGUUAUUCCGCUCCAUGUGGAAAAAGAGGAUGAGGACGAGGAGGAAGGUGGAGCUGGGGAAACUGUCCAGAAGAAGAGAGAGAGGAACAGCAAGACCAGGGCGCAGGAUGAUUACUCUGAUGACGAAGACGACUUUGACCACGAUGAUGACUUUGCCGCGGGCAGCGAUCUGGACAGCUCUGAUGGUGACACAAGGCCGAGGAAUAAACAGUGCAAGGACCCCGUGCCUGAGGUCUCCACCCUGAAGAUACAGGACACCAGCAAACUGGGAUAGUUUUUCAUAAAGAGACCCAACAUUCCACUUAACUUCCUGUCUUUGCCGUAGAGUUCCAGCAAAGACCACUACUUAAUAUUUUGUUGUUUCAUGAAUAUUCAUGAACAAGCAAGUCAAGAAUUUAUGCUAUUUUCCUUUUUGGAUGAUUAGUGGCUACAAAAAUUCAUGGUGUUUAGGACCGAGCCAAGUCAGUAAUUCUCACAAUAAGCCACAGCAGUAUUCAUUCAUUUAAUCCUGAAAGACAGCAGUAAGCAUUCUAAGAUGUCACAGUUAUUGGCCAAUUCAGAAAUAAAACAUGUAAAACGUUCUGGAAAAUCA